AUGUCCAUCAAACCUACUCGGUCUGCUUCUAGCUUUACUUUUUCUACAAAAUACCCUCGUCAACACAAACCUCCAGUUUAUGGUGGUAAAGGAAAACAUCAAUCCAAGGGGAAAACUCCCAAACGAAGCGGCGCUGGUCUUGAUCGCAACAUUCGUCUUCCUGCUCGUCUUAGGUUGGACCAACUCAAGUCUACCUUUUCAAACACUGCAUCCAAAUCUAAAUCAUCUUCAAAAUCUCAUUUUGGCGGUAAAUACGAUACUGAUCUUUACAAUGGCUCAAAGCGCAAAUCUCAGUCUCGGGUUGGUGCUCAGUUUAAGCAUAGUAACGAGGAUCAAGUCUCUAAUAAAAGCACAAUAGCCAAGGCUUCUCGUUCAUUUCUGGGCAGAAGUAAACGUGAUCAGUACGAUGAGUAUGGCAAUAUAGUGAAUGCCACUCCUCAAUCAGCAGGCAGUGACCCAGUUGCUAGAUUUGGUCGCAAAAAGUCCAACACUUUACCUAGAUUUGGAUCUGGUCGAGCAUCCACAAAAUCUACUCCACUCCAACGCCCCAGUACAACAGUGAUACAAAAGACGCCAAAACCACUUGGUGCAAAGGCCAGAGCUGCCGCUGCUUUAUUCGAUAGAGCUCUUGGUCCAAAUGCUCCAGCUGUCAUGAAUCAGCAACUUAUAAAAAAACAAACACUGGAACGUCGUGCCGAGCACGCUAAAAAAUUCGAGCUUAUUGACAACCUUGGACAGGGAAAAAGUAGUCGGACUAUUCAGGACAUGAUUGAUACGGCAACUUUCGAGGGAAUGAAUCUGCAUCCCAAAGUGCUCGAGUCUAUUACCCAAGGACUCAAAUUUAAAGCCCCCACUCCUGUGCAAGCAAUGUGCAUUCCUAGGUUCAUCCACAGUACAGAUGAGGCUAUAUUAUGUGCAGCUGAAACUGGAACAGGAAAAACUGCCGCAUAUCUUGCCAGUGUGAUGCAUGUUCUUAAAGUCGAGGAAGACAAGGCAAUUGCCGGUACACUCAAAUUGGCUGUGCCUUUUAAAUUCGCCUCGUCCUUGCCCAAAUCUGAUAUCAAUGCCAAAAUUAACAAUGAUGCAUUUAGAGCGGUUGAAGCUAUUACAACGGACGGUGAUUCCAUCACAUCUGUUGCCGGACUUGCUUUGAUUCGUAAAAUACGUCGUCCACGAGCUAUUAUUAUUGUACCCUCUCGAGAUCUUGUUGCUCAAGUCACUGCGACCGCAAAGAUUCUUUCCCACAAGGCUAAACUGCGCGUUGUUGGCAUGCACUCUCGUUCAGACUACAAGGCUAGAGAGUUUGCCUUGUCUUCAGCACCCAUUGAUAUUUUGAUAUGCACACCUGGCAUGCUGACCAGUUUUACAGAAUCCAAAGACAUUGUUCUUACACAAACCAGUCUGAUUGUUGUCGAUGAGGCCGAUACACUAUUCGACACAAAUUUUCAAGAUGAUUUGAAACCCAUCAUUCAAUCUGUCAAGACAUUUUCCAAAAAUCAAGGUCGCACAUGUAGAUUUUUGUUCACCACUGCCACGCUACCAAAGACUCUCAAUCUAGCAGUACUGGAUGAAUUUCCAGAGCUUCGACGAGUUUUUACUCCAAAUCUUCAUCGUACCCAAGCCAAGCUACAUCAAAGUUUUUUACGUCUAGACAGUUCCACUACAAAACCAAACAUGCUUUUGGAAGUUCUUCGCCGUGCUGUAUUGGAAACGGAUCGAAUCAUUAUAUUUUGCAACCGUCGUAGCACUUGCAAUACUGUGUCUGACCACUUGAGAUCCAAAUCCUAUGAUGUUGUGACAUUGACAAGUUCUGCCGAGAUAAAAAACCGCACAAAAUCAUUGGAACAGUUUCUUAAUCCAGAGUUGAUAAAGGAACCUUUUGAAAAGCUGGAAGCCAUGUAUGGCAAUGAAGAUGAAAAACAUGUCGUGUCACCAUCAGUUGUGGAGAUGCAGGUUGAAGGGUUGUCGAAGCCUCCACUUGGUAAACCUAUGAUUAUGGUUGCAACAGAUAUUGCGUCAAGAGGAUUGGACACCACACCAGUAGGACAUGUGAUUUUGUACGAUUUUCCACAGACUGCUAUCGACUAUUUGCAUCGUGUGGGUCGAACUGCACGAAAUGGCCGCAGUGGUCGUGCUACCUCCAUUAUUGCACACCGUGAUGCUAGUUUGGCAGAGUUUAUUAGCAAGGCAGUCAAGAAGCGUGACAUGCUUGCUUGA